AUGCGUACAAGAGAAAUGUUACUGUGUGCAGCGGGAAGUAUAUUCAAUGACCUUUGCAAGUGGAUGUUUUCAUUUUCUCUUCUGUUUUUCAUGGAGGUAGUGGAACUUUCAGCUGCAGACACUGGACUUAUUAUACUCAUUGGACAAAUUGUCGACGCGUUGACUUCAGUAAUCUCUGGUUACCUCGGCGAUAUGGUUAAAGUACCCGUUCUUUCACGGAAAAUUGGAAUGCGAAAAUCUUGGCAUCUCAUAGCAACGGUUUUUAUGGGCAUCGUAGUUCCUCUCUGCUUCAACCGUUGCAUUCUCUGUAGUGGAAGUCAUCAAACUUGGCUUCCCACCGUCUAUUACGGUUUCUUGUACUCACUGUAUAACAUGUGUUUCAGCGUGGUGGAGAUAAAUCACCUGGCUUUCAUCACAACUUCAGCUGUGUCGGUUGAAGAACUAACAGAUCUCAGCGCCAUCAGGUUUGCUAUUUUGAAAAGUAUCAUAUUAAAUUAAAGUAAACUGUUCACCCAUUUUGUUUGGCUCUUACCAAAGAUGUACUGGAGGACAGACGCAUAGUUUAGGUCGCCAUCCGCACAAUUUUGCGUUUUUAACACCUAAAACAAACAGAUUACAUGUUGACGUGAUCAAGAUCACAUAAUAUGUCAAAAUGUGGUAAGAACAUCAAUUAUACACCCGGCUGCGCAACUCUCUUGAAGUUACUUUUCAUUGCAACGCUAAUGUAAGCGUAAAUCGGUUGACUUAAGUACCAUUGCCUCUUGCUUCGUAAAAGUCAUAAGAAAUAACAAUUAUUUAAUGAAAAACCUUCUACCUAUGCGUAAGUCUGCUCAGACCUCCAUUUUAAUUGCUCACACACAUGUGAAAUUAAGUUUCGUACAGAUUCAUCAGUUUUUAUAACACAUUCAGCCGUUGACUGACUUUACUGGCCAUAAUGGACUGCAACUUGUAUUCCUGUGUGAGGCUUCAGGUUUCGUGUCAGUUGCUUCAAUUCUAAGACCCUAUGAAGUUUCAAGCAGUCAAUUACGCAGGGAUUUACUUUUGAGGUUGCAUUUAAUUAAGCACAGCAUCAAGUUAACUUGUACAUGAUUCAAGAUAAUUAUGUUGAAUCUUUAUCCAACUAAUUUGCGAAUUUUUCAUAAAGACUGGUUGCGUCUACUUUCUGGUUAAAAUGCAGACAAGAGAACAGUUAUUUUGCGCGGCAGCUUAAUUUUUCAGUUAAAAUUUUUCUUUCAAAGAAUCCCGGCGGGCGAAAAUCUGCACCUUUUGAUAACAGUUUUAAUGAGAAUUAUCAUUCCUUUUUUCUUUCUUUUGUAAUAGAAAUCAUAGUGGGUGGCUUCCAAUCGUCUAUUACAUCUUCUUGAUCUCGGUGUGCAACAUUUGUUUGAGCACUGAUGAGAUAAAUUAUCUUUAUUACAACUGUAACUGAAUCCGUCGAGAAUGUAUAUUAGUGCCAUGAAGUUUGCUUCAAGAUCCUUUUUUUAAGACACAUAGCUCAUACGGCAAUCAUAACUCAACUCAAGCACGGACACUCUGAGAACGGUUAUCUAAGAACAAUUUUCCUUUUUCUCUCUUUCUUGUUCAAAAGGACAAUGUUCAGCUUCCUUAGUGGUAUUUACAUAUACGUGAUCGCCUGGGGCCUUUUCGGACAAGACAAUAGCGAUACUCUUGGACCCCAGAGCCUUCUAGAUUUUGUGGUAAGCAACAGCUUCGUUGAUAGUUCUAUUCUACGAUAUGCUUUGACCAACAGGCGGAAGCUCAAUACAAUAAAAUUAAAAAAAGAAAAAAAACGCAAUUAAAAAACGGGUUGGAGAAAUUUGGUUUUCUCUUCCUGCACUGCCUGUCAGCCUUUUAGCCUCCUUCCACACAUCUCUGCAGGCAUUAAAAAUCUUUUUUUUGUCCUUAACCUUGCAACUUUCAAGAGCUGACUGUCAAUUCUCGCCUGGAGCUGCUUUGCAUUCCCUUGUAAAUUAAUUUUCAGAAUUUAGUGUUAGAUCAAGAUAAAAACUUCUUUCUGAUAGGUAUGAGUAUUCUCAUCAGCUGAAGAAUGUAUGUUUACUACGGGGAGAGGUUACAAGUUAAUCAUUUCUGGGAGUUAAAGGGUUAAAAUCCUAGUUGAUUAAUUCUUUUCUAAACAGUACCUCUCGUGGAUUGCUACUGGAACAGGAAUCUUCUUUGCAGUCAUCUUCCACAUUGGUACAAAGGAACCUCAAAUAUGUCAGAGUAAAGAAAGCGCCACAACGGAUCUUACGGUAAGACAGGAAGCAAAAAAGAUAUUUCCUUUUCAAAUAUAGGUCAUGCAAAAGCUUAUUUUUGUGUUAGGAGAGCAGACAACACCAUGGAACUAAUAGAGGCGCGCUUGCGCGAUUGUUUCUUCGUUCUUCAUUUGAUUUAUUUACAAGAGGUCUAUUAAUCUGAACGGAUCUUGAAGUUACAUAGCGUGACCAGAGGGGUAGAGGUAUGGUCUACACAUUAUUUAAAGCAAUCCGUAAUUCACUCUGGCCACUUUCCCGUUAUUUUGCAGAAAGCUCCUGGAAAAUUCAUUGAAGAGUUUGGACCCGAAAAUGCAAGUAUGUCUAUGGAUAUGUACUUUGGUGUGUUAUUUUAAAAGCCGUCUUUGUUUCUAUUAAAAUUGCAGAUGUAACGUCCUCUCCGACAUCAAACUGAACUACAAAAAUGAAAAACGGUACUCAUCUUUAUCUCAAGGGGGAUAGGUCUUCUUUUUGCAUGGAGCUCCUUAAUAUCUAGGGUAUUGUUGCCUCGAUAUUUUUGAGAAUCUAUUAGCCAUGACUGUGUGCAGACAUGCCACAAGUUUGAUACAGGUGGUCCUAUCUAGAGACAGCACCAAUUUGGCUUGAAAUGUUUAGACAACGUCCUCUUUAAAGCAAAAUAUCUAGUUCAGGAGUGCACGUCAAUUGGAGAUUAAGAUUAGUGAUUAGAAGAUUAGACGUUCGUUAAUUGCUUGUUUUGUUUUUUUCUCAAGAUUCUAGACGGACCAGUCUUGCUUUUAAGUUUACUGACAUGGUUAUGACUCCAACUGAAUAUGAAGAACAUCAAAGUGAGAUGAACGGAUGUGGAGAAACCAAAAGCGGUGAAGUGCGUAUCAGAAAACGAAGUCUUCUGCAGAAGGUUGCUGUUGCUAUGUUUGAUGACGGUAAAACUGAUCUAGAAGUACAACAUCUUGAUAGUGAACGCAAGAAGAGUCUACUAACGCUUGAUUUUGACGACAUCCUAUUGAGAUUACAACACGAAGAGCACAAACAUCCAACAUGUGUUGGUGCCAUGGAAAACCAAGUUUCAAUGGACGGUAUAGACCGCGAUCAUGCAACUGAUGAAGAGCCGUGGAACGCCAGGCAAGAAGAGAUCAAAAACACUACUGAUGAAGAUAUGUGGAAAAUGACCAACAGCGCGGCCCCCAAGACAUCUUUUUGUACCGUAUUUAGGCAAAGAAAACAUGGAAUGGUGGUUUUUCCGGAUGAUUGUAAAUUUGGUCUCUCUAACUCUGGAUUUGAAGAUGAUGGAGGUGAUGAUGAUAAGAAGGAAAGCCUUUGCGGUACAUCAGUUAGGAAGCAAAGAAAGUCUGUGACUUUCGAUCCUUCUGGAUUUCUGGAAAUGCCGUCAAUGAACGGAACAGAACGACAGGGGUUAAAUCUCGAUCACACGUCUAACAACAAAACGAUUCUGGAUGAAAGUACGCAAGAUUUUCCAAAACAGCACGUCAGAAAAAUCGAAAGAAUAGAAGGUUGCGAUGGCACAGAUAAUUCGUUAACUUCAGCGGAUAACCCUGAUCUUCAUGGUCUCCCUGUUCAAUCGACAAGUUCUACAUCUGAGGGAAGACGUCCAAAAGGAAUCAAAAACUGGCUAAAAGAUCCAAACGUGUACAUGGUAAACCCUCGUGUUUCCAAGUAUCCUUGUUUGUUGAUUAAGUUGACUCUCUGUGAUGUUUUCCUCGUGUUUUAAUUUUCAGGUAGCCAUUAUCUCAACAUGUACACGCCUUGCGCAGGACUCUGUAUACAGAUAUUUACCGCUAUUCCUCACAGAGAGAUUAUCAUUCCCCAAGGUAUAGUUCAAUUUGAAGUGCUCAGUUGUUUUCAAACUUAUUGAUAAUUAUAUUAAUCUCAUGGUAUUUUUGUCCUGAAUCAGGCAGCUACCGCUUAUUUUCCACUCGUCCUCCUAACCAGUGGCUCUCUAGCAAGUUCAAUGUGUAAGAAAUUGAAAAGGAAAAUUGAAAGUAAGGUAAGACCUAGAUUAACAGGUUCUUCUAGUUGGUCACUCCACGUCUGUGAUAGUGGAGAUACAUUGAUUGCACCAAACGUCGGCUUAUCUACUUGUUGAUGAUAAUGAUUGACUGAGAGGGGCAGGCAAUAAAUCAACGAUCAUCUCGAUGGCUCUAUUGAACUUAACUCGACAAAUGAACUACUUUUUCUCAAGUUACGAUAGUCAGGAGUUCGAUUCCUCAAAUGAUUCUCAGAUAUUUUCUUUGCGUCUUGCUUAUUACAGAACCCAGAACAAAUUCAUUUGUUUAAUUAGUCUUAGUAACUUUCAUACUUUCGUUGAUAUGCACAUCAUAGCGGAGCUACCUUCUGGCAAGCUUAUUAGUGAUGGGUGGCGCUGUUUGGAGCUAUUUUCAAACCUUCUCCACCAGACAAUCAACUUAUGCACCAGUGGUUAUGAUGGGAAGUGGUCUGUCCAUUAUGUACGUCAUGGCACUGGUCUUCAUCACCGAGGUGAUCGGGGAAAAUAGGGUUAGUGUUUUGAAACAAGUUUGAAUGCUUUCGAGGAAAGGCUAAGUCGCAAAAUCUGAUCAGUUCAGUUAUAGUACAUUUCUAGCAUUUUUGAAAUUGAAAUGGCAUGAAAGUUCUUUUGAAUGUCGCAAAAAAAAAUUCCAAACUAAUCACAACUCUGUCAGAACGAAAUAAAAUCUCACAAGCAGCUACUGAGAAUUUAAAGUGAAAUACAGUUAGACUGCCUGAGGUUUGGGAAAUUUUGAGUUACAUCUGAUCGGUUGAGAGAUUGUUGCAAGUUUUUAAGGCCAAUCACAGAGGGUAAUGAAAAAGAACUGUUUCAUUCGCGGACUGGUUUCGAAACUUGAUUAAACCCAUGAUCAGUGUGCAUAUUUUUUAGAGUGCUCUCUAUAAAUUUACCAUGAUACUAAUAAGGAGAACUUUUCUAACGAUCAAGACCUUUAUUUUGAUUGGCCAUCAUUUGCCUUUUUCUCUCUUGACGUACAUGUUUGAUUCAGUAGUGACAGUGUGAGGAGAAACUAAAGACCUGUUGGUCUUAGGGGUAAGGAGUUAAAAAUUAUGUUAAUAAUAGUACUAAUGUUGGUUUCCCAUAUGAGAUCAAUGAUUUAAUACGGUGAUUUCCUGUCAGGAAACCAGUGGAUCAGUGUUUUCUAUUAUCAUUGUACUCGCCAGAAUCUCAAGCGGUGUACUUAUCAUUGGUAUACAGGAAUUUUAUCCAGAAGAAAGGUUGGUCUAUCAAAUCUUUAUUGUAAUUUACCCUAGAAGGAACGUUUAGAUAACCAGCCGAUUUGUUAAAACUCGAAACGUAUAUUCAGGAGGUUUGUCUUUACCAGCUUGACCAGGCCAUCCUUGACUAUUUGAAAUAGUAAUGACUGUUUUAAAAUUAUGCACGAUUUAGUAAACUCCUCAAUUCCUUUAUUCAAUUUAGAACCAGCUCAAAUGAGGCGGUUAGCAACUACUUACGGCAUGUGUUUGUAAUGGCGCCUGGAGUGUUAACUCUGGUGGGAUUCUUGCUGGUUUUGUUUUUCCAACCAUCUAACUUUAUCUGCAAAAGUAAAGGUAAGUAC